AUGAAUGAGAGAAAUAAGCAUUCAGCUACUCUGAAGAAUGAAGAUGCUGCUCAAAGGAAAGCAGCUCUGGAGGCUGCUAUGAGAAAGAAGAUUGAAUUUGAGAAAAAAGCAUUGCGUAUUGUUGAACAACUCCUGGAAGAGAACAUUACUGAAGAGUUCCUUCUGAAUUCUGGAAAAUUUAUCACUCCAUCUCACUAUAAAGACAUUGUUGAUGAACGGUCUAUCAUCAAACUAUGUGGUUAUCCUCUAUGUCAAAAUAAACUGGAAAAUGUGCCAAAACAGAAGUACAGAAUUUCAACAAAAACGAACAGAGUUUAUGAUAUCACUGAAAGAAAGUGCUUUUGCAGCAACUUCUGCUAUAGAGCAUCUAAAUAUUUUGAAGCUCAAAUUUCCAAAAGUCCGGUAUGGAUGCGAGAAGAAGAAAAACCACCAGACAUAGAGCUGCUGAAGGAGGGACAGAGUGGACAGUCUGGAGAAGAGGUGAAACUAUGCGAUGAAGUAAUUAAAGCGUCUGACAUUGAAAAUCCGAGGAUAUCUUCAAAUCCACAUGAAUCUGCUUCUCACGACACAGCCAGUGACAGCAGUAGUGAUACUGAACAAGAAUUUGUUUCUUCUGUCCUACCAGGAAGUCAGUCAAGUUCAGCCAAUUUUGCACAGCAAUUGCACAGAAACAGCAUCCUCAAAAAGAAGCAUGCUCAGAAAGUCUAUUCCAGCCCUAAAACUGAAGACUCAGAUGUGGUAGAAGCCACUGAACGACUAUCUAAUUGUAAAUUAGGUGCUAAGGAAGAAAUGUAUGCUUGCUCUGUUCAUAAUAAAAUAACUGCAACGCCUUCAAAAAAUACUACUUUAGGAAAAUCAAGUGCUUCAGAAAACUAUGAAAACACCUGUAGUGGUUCACAGAUAGUUUUUCUAGGUGUGAGCAAAAGAGGGGCAGAACAUCUUAAAAGAACACUAGCUAACUCAAAAGAACAUAAAAAAACUGAACUGAGGGAUCCAGUUAAUUCCAAAGGCAGUUUAUUAGAAGUGCUUAAGCAAACACUUAUGGAAUGGAGAACUGAGGAAACUUUAAAAUUUCUCUAUGGCCCAAACUACACUUCUUCAUGCUCAUCAGAAUGCAUAUCAUCUGCCAACCAGGAGAAUGAAGAACUUGAUGAGGAUGACUUAGAUGCAGCUGAUGAUCUUAACACUGUUGCUGUAGGGGAGUCUGAAAACAGUUUGAACUAUUCUUUACCUUUCACAAGCCUAGGUGGAAUAGUUAAGCCUGUGCCUAGUUAUGAAAAGUUAAAAGAAGAAACAGAGUUCCUAGAACUCCGAGUAAAAGAGUUCUAUAAAGGAAAGUGCAUCUUGGCUGAAGAGGCGGUGACACAUGCACAAGCAGAGGAACAUCUAAGCAAAGACAAAGGUGAUCAACAGGAAGAUCUCACCUUCCCACUUGUUGAUUCAAAUGCACAAAUGCAGAUUAGAAAGCGAAUCGUCCUUGAAAAACUGAAAAAAGCAUUACCUGCAGUUUUGGGCCCUCUUCAGAUUACUCUAGGUGACGUUUACACAGAGCUAAAAAAUCUUGUCAAAACUUUCCGAUUAACAAACAGAAAUAUUAUUCACAAAAUGCCUGAAUGGACUCUAAUUGCUAUUGUUUUGUUAUCUGUAUUGUCACAAAUUAUUCCACUUUUCAAGAAUACUCAGACGAGCCCAAUGUACACACAGUUCCUGACUACGUUGCUGGAAGAACUGCAUUUCAGAAAUGAAGAUCUGGAAAGUUUAACAAGAAUAUUUAGAAAGGACUGCCUGCUUGAAUGACUAAGGUGAUCAUCUUAACAUCUCCUACUAUCUGAAAUAGUGGCACAAAGAACAAAAGAACCCCUUCAAUUGUUGGAACUUUUUUUUAAAUGAAAAAUGAAAUUUAGUCUUAAUUGUCCUUCUUGCACUUCUGCUUUUUCAUUUCCUUCCUAUGAAUAAGAAUUUUGAAGUCUCGUGGAGAAGCUGACUAUAACAGCAGUUUUUCAAGGUAUGCAUGAAGACCAGUUAAAACAUGGAUCAUCUGAAAACUGUUUAUUUAAAAACAGUAGAAAGGAAUUUGGAUUGUUUUUGUUUUUUCUUGCUUUGGAAAUUUUCAGCCAAAAUUUGUCUACAGGAAUUGGGGAAAGAGGGGGGGUGGGGGGGCGGAAAGCAUAUUAGCCUGCUGGAGCGUUAACAACACUGCUGCUGACAUUUUUCCAGUUGACCCAAUGCACGGAGCAGUAAUCUUUAAGAAUGAUGACGACAGUACACAAAGAUGUCUGAUCUAUAGCCUGUUUAUCUUGAUACUUCUAAGAAAUGGUCUGUGACUAAGAAAAGGGGUGGUCUGUGAACUUAUGUAAAAGUUAUUUUUAAACAGCCUCUAAUUGUUACUAAUUCGGACUUUGAAAUAUAUUUUAAUAACUGAAAACUUAAUUUUUGGCUUUCAGUCAUUUCAUUUAGAAGAGUUGUGUUGUUUAGACUGAGUGUGUUUAGACUUGCUUCUGUCAGUAACUGAUUAUAAAAUGCAAUUUAAAACUAAUUCACUAGGCAUUCUUAAUGAUUCCAUAAUAUGGUGUAUUGCAUAGUUCUCAGUUCAUAGGACACUGUCCUUUGAGAGACUUGAGAAGAAAGUUGUGACUGACAGUGCUUAGUCUGCAGCAAAUGCUAGUACUAGUUAAGGCUGAAGCAAGGCUUACCAGGGCUGCUACAUAGCAACUCCAUUUAAAACCAGUUUAUUCCUUUGUUUUAUUUCUGUAAUUGAACACCAAAAGAGAACUCUGCACUUAGUUUAUUGCUGUGUAGUUCCUUCAUGAUAAUCAGGAUAAAUAUGUUGAUUGCCGCUGACACACAGAAGCCCAUGCAGCUUUUCCCUGGAAGUUUCAUUGCGCGGUAGAGUUUAUUUAGGCGAUGCUUGACUUUUCCUAACUUACCUUGUAAUGGGAAGUUAUGUUCAGUAUAACUUGUAAAAGCAACAAUUUAGAAUGAGGAAAACUUUUAAUGCAGCGUUAAAGCUAUGCAUUUUUCUAAGUAUGCAAUAGGAAAAAGAUACCCAUCGUGAUCAGAGCGUGUCUGAUGUCAAAUUCGUAAGAAUGCAUGAUGUAAUCUGGAUAGAAGGUACAUUGGUUUUGUACCAUGAUGGAAAACUUCUUACUUGAUACAUAUGCAAAGAAGGGACAAGUCCUCACCAAAAGAUAAGCUUAUAGAAGACUGAGUAAUAGGUAUGAUACUCUGAGCAAAACUUAAACCUUGAAUUUAUAUCUAUCUGCUUCUGAUUUUGGAAGAUAAAUAUAUUUCUGUUUUUAGCUAGUACUUCACUGUAGAUUCUGAGCAAGCCAUUGUUCUGUUCCGUGUACGUUUACCUUGGGGCAUAAAGAUUACAACUACCCCAUGACAAUGCUGCUAUACCGAGUACACCUAGAAGGCAUUACAAAUGUACAUCAUACCAGGAAUAUGACUGUUUCAUCAGGUUCGACGGCUCUCAUUUGGAAAGUUUUUACACUUCCUGUCAGUUUAGUGGUGUGAUUUUUUUGUUAGUUAUUUUUAGGCUUGGUCUUCAGCACUUACUGCGUAGGAAACGUAUGAUCUUGUAAGAAGAGUGAAUAGGUCACAGGCCCAAAGACCUCUUUAUCAGGGUUCACUGUAGCUGCUUUUACUGUCUGCCUUGGCAGCUCAAAAAAGUAAGCUUCCAGGAGUUUUGCAUCUCCUCCUUGGCUGCUGUGUCGUAAGCUCACUCAUUCUUUUCCUUGCCCUAAGAGAACAGAAUAACCUUUCUCCUUCCAUGACCACCUUCACCAGUCCAGAAGAAAGUCUUCUAUAAUAUGCUGGAAAUGCCCUGAAGGGAUAUUCUUCACUUACCUUUAAUGAUUUCAUCUCCCUUAGAUGUGAGUAAAACACAUGUAAAUAAAUGCAGAAAGUAUACAUAUACCCAUUACUUUUGACUAGAAGAAAGGCCGUACACUCAUCUCAAAAGGAUCUUUCGUACUGUCAGCCUUAACUGGUUGCACAAAGAGCACAACUCAAGCACCAAAAAUUAAGUUCAUCUAUGUAGUUUUCUUAUGAGCAUAUUUGGUAACAGCUUAACUGCUUAGAAAUGUUCAAAUCUAGCCCUCAUUUAUGAGCUUAAAGCUAAUUUGUGCCACAACUAUCUGUCCUUUAACAGACUUUACUCUUUCUCAGCUCACUUCACCCCCCCGCCCCUUCUUGUUUUGGUUAUGUUUGCAGGCAGAUUGUUUCCUUGUGGCCUUCCUGCUGUGCUUACUGUUUUUCCUUCCUACGUUAGUUGAGCGGAUGAGAACAGUUGACACUCGGUUCAGUGGUGGGUUUGAGCCUUAUCUCAGAUACGCUAAAUUUUAGUGACUUACUUGUGAGCUGCAGGCGUGUAGGGACGUUAUGGAUCUGGGGCUUAGGGUGGAUGGGACAUAAGCCUCUUUCUGAACAGCUCUACGAAAGGGGCAUGAGCUUGGUAAAGCCAUCAGCUGCUUAGAUCAUCAGGAUCAUAAAGUCAUAGAAGUCCCUUGCCGUGACCGUGUAAAGCAUCCAAGCCUGUCUGGCAGUGGACCUGUGGCAGGGCAAAUACGGUGUGAGGUGUUUCUUUUAAUAGCAGGGGGGCAGGGGACGAAACCAGACUUCUACGGUGAUUUUUUUUUUUUUCUGACGUAUAUAAUGGAUAUAGUAAAGAAUAGAACACUUUAGUUUAAAGCUUAAAGCAAAGCCUGCUUCAUGCUGUUGCAGCUUCUCAGCAUCAAAGGAGGAGUGUGUGACAUAUACCUGCAUAGUGCAGAGAGGGGUUUCCUACUGAGUUUUCUAUAGAUGUAAUGAAGUAAUCUCAGGAAGAGAACAAUGUUAAUAAAACCACAUAUACAGAGAAAGUCAAAUUGUUCGAAGUUACUCAGAGCAGUCUUUGUGCUGGCCAAAGAGGAUGGAGAAAAAACUUUUGUGUCUAUUUUCACACCAAAGUUCAAUUCACAGUCCUGUAAAUACUGUCAGUGUAAGUACUGCACUUUGUAAUACUGAAUUUCCUAGUGCAGAGCCCUUCUCUGCUGCUGUUUGAUUCUUUGUGCCCAUUGACCAAGCUUGCUGAUUUUUCUUGGGUUUCAGAGGGAAGAAGGGGAUUCAGAGUGGUUUGCUUGAUAGUCACUAUUUCAGGAAAGUGGGCAAGUCAUAAUGUA